AUGAGGUGCUGGGAACCCGAGUACCACGGAUUCGGAGGCAAGGCCCACUUCGAGGGUGAGGUCUACUUCGACGGUUGCUACGAGGAGACCUGCCACAAGGGCAAAUACCACGGCUACAAAUGCUUUGAUGGACACUGUCACCACGUCUGUGAUGAUAUGCACUGCUGGGAACCCAAAUACCACGGAUUCGGAGGCAAGGCCCACUUCGAGGGUGAGAUCUACUUUGACGGUUGCUAUGAGGAGACCUGCCACAAGGAUCACUACUACGGCUACCACUGCCAUGAGGGUUACUGCAAAAACAUUUGCGAUGGCAUGAAGUGCUGGGAACCCAAAUACCACGGAUUCGGAGGCAAGGCCCACUUCGAGGGUGAGGUCUACUUUGACGGUUGCUACGAGGAGACCUGCCACAAGGAUCACUACUAUGGCUAUCACUGCCAUGAGGGUUACUGCAAAAACGUGUGCGAUGGCAUGAGGUGCUGGGAACCCAAAUACCACGGAUUCGAAGGCAAAGCCCACUUCGAGGGUGAGGUCUACUUUGACGGCUGCUACGAGGAGACCUGCCACAAGGAUCACUACUAUGGCUUCCACUGCCACGAUGGCUACUGCAAAAACGUUUGCGAUGGCAUGAGGUGCUGGGAACCCGAAGUGAAACACUUUGCUGGCAAGGCUAAAGUCCGCGGCGGGAUCUAUUUUGAUGGUUGCUACGAGGAAACCUGCCACAAGGACCACUAUGAUGGCUACUUCUGCAACCACGGACACUGUGGAUACGUGUGCCAUGACGACGACUGCUUCAGUCAGGACGAAUACCUUUCAGACGGUUUCUAUGAUGUGCAUGAUGGGCUCGAGUUUGAUGACGGCUACCACUACGACUACCACUACUAG